GGCGACUUGACCUCGAGCUUCCGGAGCGAUGAGUGGCGGCGCGUCCAGUCCACCUGCGUCCUCUUCUUCGUCGGCCGCCAGGAGGCCCAAGUGCGCGCGCUGUCGCAACCACGGCGUCAUUUCGUGGCUCAAGGGCCACAAGCGACAGUGCCGGUUCAAGGACUGCGCAUGCGCAAAGUGCAACCUCAUCGCCGAGAGACAGCGCAUCAUGGCCGCACAGGUGGCUCUGAAGCGUCAGCAGGCCGCCGAAGACGCCAUCGCCAUGGGUCUGCGCGCCGUGGCCACCGGUCGUUCACUACCCUUCCUGCCCCCGGGUCCCAUCUUCGGACUGCCCUUGGCCGCCAAAGCCAUGGCGCAGGCCAGGGGCUCCGGGGCGCGAGCUAAAGAAGCAGCAGCUAAGAGGGCGGCCCGCGAAGCCGCCAGAGCUCUGCAGCAACAACAGCAGAGGCAACACAGGCAACAAGACCAGACGCAACAACGUAGAGACGACGAGGAAGACCGCUCACCGUCACCCCCACAGUCGCCGGGACCAGCUCCUGCACGACCACUGUCUCAGCCGGCUGCCACUGUGGCGCCACCAUCGGCGCAACCCUCGCUACGGCCGGAGGCGGAGGACGCACAAGCAGCUGAUUCGGACAGCCCACUGUCCCCCGGUCCGUCGCUCUCCCGCAUGGCGCUGCCCCCGUCGGAACGACCACCGGCCGGUCUACUCCAGGAGGUGCUGCGCGGCUACGACGGUGGCGCCAGCGACUGGGUGCGCGCCUUCGAACGCCUGCACCAAUCAGCGCCCGGAACGCGCUCGGCGUUCCGCGCGCCCGUUGCCGCAGCUGCUGCCGCAGCGGCCGCCGCUGCCGCCCAGCUCUGGAGGCCUCCACCGGGCUGCCUGUUGACGCCGGCCUGCCCGCUUUUCCUGCCGGCAUGUCCGCCGGGCUGUUCGCAGUGUGCGCCGCUCCUGAGCCAGGCCUGGGCGCUGGGCGCCGAAGCCGGAAUCAAGCACGAGUGA